CUGUGAGAAGUCACCCUCUUUACCAGAGGUGGCUUGCCACCUCUCCUUGAUCUCACACUGCUUCCUAGAAUGAACUGUUCAGUGCAUGUUCUUCUGUGGCAUGUUUUGUGAGGACUGGGUCUUAAACAUCCUUGUAUUGCUUGUAGCAUCUAGUGUGGUGUCUGGUACACAGUAGGCACUCAAAAGAUACUUCAGAAUAAAUUAUUCAAGUCCACCAUUCAGUGGUGCGGUGAAGCACGAGGUUAAUGAGAGCUGCAUCCAGGAACCCUGGAGAGGGUUUGGGGGUGCUGGUGGCCGUAGCUGGACCUCGUGAGGGACUGUGAAGAUCUUGAUGUAGAAAGGGGAUACUCAGGCCUGCAGAGUGACCUGAGCAAAGGCCACGGGUAAGGAUAAUUUGAUGAUGCAUUUUCCUCCAGCAGACAUUUACUUUGCAAGGAGAGAGAAAAAAUGCCCUUUUUUGGAGAUUUCACAGGGGAAGGAGCUGUUACCCGUUCAAGGCCAGUGCCAGCCAGGGCGUGGACAUGGAGAGAGCACUUCUGAAAAGGGGGGAAGAACAGCGCAGAAUUUCCUCUGCCGAUAGGAUGAGUAGAGAAGCGGGAGCCCAGCAUUGACCUGCUGGAAGCCUUCGUGGAGCACUGGAAGGGCAUCACACACUACUACAUCGAGAGCACAGAUGAAAACACCCCAGCCAAGAAAACAGAUAUUCCCUGGAGGCUGAAGCAGAUGCUGGACAUCCUGGUGUAUGAAGAGAGGCAGCAGGCGGCGGCCAGUGAAGCCGGGCCCUGUCUGGAGUACCUGCUGCAGCACAAGAUUCUCGAGACCCUGUGCACACUGGGCAAGGCCGAGUACCCCCCAGGCAUGCGGCAGCAGGUGUUCCAGUUCUUCAGCAAAGUGCUGGCUCAGGUACAGCACCCGCUCCUGCACUACCUCCACGUCCACAGGCCUGUGCAGAAACUUCUCCGACUUGGUGGGACAGUUCCUGGAUCCCUCACAGAAAAGGAGGAGGUACAGUUUACCACUGUCCUCUGCUCCAAAAUCCAGCAGGACCCAGACCUGCUCACCUACAUCCUGGAGGGUAAAAAGAUGGUCAGGAGGAAGAAGGUGUCCAGAGAACCCAGUGUCCUGCCCAGAGAACCCAGUGUCCUGCCCAGAGAAGCAGCCAGCAUCCAGGACAAGGACCACCCCCACAGCCAGGCUCCAGAUGGGGCUCCCCAUGGGGCUUGGGCCUUGACCACCCAGCUGCCUGCAGAGACGGAAGAGCCAGAUGGAGGAAUGGGAGAGAGCAGCCUGAUCAUCUCCCUGAUUGGGUUGUGCAAGAGCAAGAAAGGUCGGGUGGCCCUGAAGGCCCAGGAGAACCUGCUGCUGCUGGUGAGGGUGGCUUCCCAGGCAGCGGCCACCUACCUGGUACAGCACAGCCCUUGCUGCCCUGCGAUCGUUGGGCACCUUUGCCAGCUGUACCAGUCCAUACCUGCCUUCCUGGACCCCGCAGACAUUGCCACAUUAGAGGGCAUCAGCUGGAGGUUGCCCAGUGCCCCAUCUGACAAGGCUUCCUUCCCCGGCAAGGAGGCCUUGGCUGCUUUCCUGGGCUGGUUUGAUUACUGCGACCACCUGGUCACGGAGGCUCACACGGUGGUUGCAGAUGCCCUGGCCAAGGCUGUGACUGAGAAGUUAUUUGUGGAGGUUCUGCAGCCCCAGCUACUGCACGUGUCUGAGCAGAGCAUCCUGACUUCCACCGCCCUGCUCACAGCCUUGCUGCGCCAGCUGCGCUCCCCCGGGCUACUGCGAGAAGCUGUGUCUUUCCUCCUGGACACCGACCAGCCCCUGGCCGUGCUGGGGGACGGCCCCCACACUCUGUGCACUCACCUCAUCAGGCACUGUGACCACCUCUCUGAUGAGAUCAGCAUCGCCACACUGCGGCUGUUUGAGGAGCUGCUCCAGAAGCCCCAGGAGCAGAUCAUCCACAGUCUUGUCCUGUGCCACCUUGAGGGCCGCCCCUACGUGGCCCGGUGCUCCCAGGAGCCCGAGAGCUAUGAGGAUAACCUAGACCUGGAGGAAGACCCCUACUUCACCGACGGCUUCCCCGACUCCAGCUUUCAGCCUUCUGCAAAGCCUCCCCCAGCCCCUGCCACCAACUCAGACGGCAAAACUGCAGUGACAGAGAUUGUCAACAGUUUCCUCUGCCUGGUUCCUGAGGAAGCCAAGACCUCCGCCUUCCUGGAGGAGACCGGAUAUGACACGUACGUCCAUGAUGCGUACGGGCUGUUCCAGGAAUGCAACUCCCGAGUCGCGCCUUGGGGCUGGCCUUCAGGUCCCACCCCGCUGGACCCCCAUGAGCCUGAGCGGCCGUUCUUUGAGGGUCACUUCCUCCGGAUGCUGUUUGAUCGCAUGUCCCGGAUUUUGGAGCAGCCAUACAGCCUGAACCUGCAAGUGACCUCAGUCCUGUCCCGGCUAGCCCUCUUCCCCCACCCGCACAUCCACGAGUACCUCCUGGAUCCCUACAUCAGCCUGGCUCCUGGCUGCAGGAGCCUGUUCUCUGUGCUGGUCAGGGUGAUUGGGGACUUGAUGCAGAGAAUUCAGAGGGUACCCCAGUUCCCAGGCAAACUACUCCUGGUGCGCAAGCAGCUGAUGGGUCAGGUUCCCGGGGAGCAGCUGGACCACCAGACCCUCCUCCAGGGCGUGGUAGUACUUGAGGAGUUCUGCAAGGAGCUGGCUGCCAUUGCUUUCGUCAAGUUCCCCCCACAUAGUCCUCCCCUGAGCUUCUCCCCACUCCCAGAAGGGCAUGUCUGAGCCAGGAGCAUGAUGGGAGGGGAGACUUCUGUCCACACCUCCUCCCGCCCAGCUCUGCCACCAUCAUUCUCCGCCUGGGGCGGGGGCUUGGCUCCAUCUCCUUUACACCCCAGGGUGUGCCUCGGUGGAAGCCUGGGCUUCAGCGCCCAGGUUAGCUCAAGACAGCCUCGGCCUGUUGACCACGCCAGACUUGGCUUUAGGGAGUGGGGUGCUGAGGUGCCAGAUGCCAAGGAGCAAGAGGUGGCCUCCCAGGCAGCUUGGCGUCCUCGGAACUUUCUCGGGGAAGCUGGGUGACAGCCAGGUGAGCACUGGGACCCAGCCCCUCACAUGUUCUGUGUCUACUCUGGUGGCCAUUCGUUGCCAGGGCCAAGACUGUGACUCAGUUCUAGGCACACGGGGGUAAUCAAAAAGCCCGAGUUGGUCAUGACCAUACACCCAAGGGAGCCCCGUCAUGUCGCACUAGGUACAACAGAUGCUGCGGAGACUUGACGUUUUUUCCUCCUGCCUUCUGGGCCUAACCAUGGGAAGGGGCUGCAGACAGUAGGGAAAGCCCCCUCUUCCUGCUCGGCCCUCCUGGAGACUGUUGCAAAAUUUCCAACUGCCUCAUGGCAAAUGCCCAAAGCAUGUUCCGCGCCCAGGCGGGGGCAGAGCUAAUGAGAGCCUUGAUGCAACUGUAGCCAGGGCGGGAGAGGGCCCGGGGAGUUGGGGGGCUGGGUGCCAGGCUCCAACUCCAGCUGGUUUCUCCCUGGCGCCUCUGAACCCGUCUCAGCAGGUCCACCACACCUGGGCAGAGGGGCCCACAGACAGCAAGAGGCAGGUGAGGCCUUACUCUCGGUGCAGUGAGACACUCUUUUCUAAGAGACUUGAGAGUCGAGGUGGGGCCAGAAUACCCACCUGACUGUCCACCCCCAGGGCCGGUGGGAGGGGUGGCGGUCCGGGCAGCCAGUCGUGCUGUCCUCCCUGCAUGCCCUCUGUGGCUGGGGCUGCCGCCCCGCCCGGCCUGAAUGUGUCUCGACCUGCAGGAACACCGAGGCAGCGCCAGGCAUUACCUCACAGGACUGCAGUGGCUGGCUUUGCUCCUGGGCAAGGAGGAGCAGGCCAGAGCCCCUUGUGCUUCCUUUUCCUGCCCAUGCCGCUUCGAGAAGCUGGCCGCAGGUUGCCAAGAGGUGACAUGAAAGAGGAGGAAACUCAAUAACCUCUACCUCUCUUGCAUUCCUCCACCUUGGGGAGGGCUGUGCUGCAGCUCCAAGAGACGCGGGCAUGUACGCACGCGCCCACUGGGUGUGGGCGGGGGGUGGGGGGCUUGGGCCUAGACUCUCGGACUCGGAAAAUGCCCACGAACCCGGGAGUGGGACGUUGCCCCCAUCAACACACUUGGCACUCGCACGGCGUCCUCCCAGACAGCUUGGCAAUAAACAGUGUGGUUGUGCGGACACAGCCGCCCUCUUCUUCUCCA